ACACUUACAUAACAUAAAUAUUCAAAUGUUCAAUUUAGCAUUCCAAAAAUUGAGCUAGGCGAAAAGAAAAAUCGGAAAAUAGGCGCAUUUCGCAAACCAAAGAAAAAAUGACACAAUUUGACCUCCAACCCGGUACCUUGUAGCGGUCGGCCCGACGGGUGCGUGCGGCCCGUUUUUCUCACCGGGUCAGGGUCAAAGUGGGUCGACCCGCGGGUCAACCCGCGGGUUGACAACCUUGCCCUUGACAUAUGGGUACUGUUGAAUAAUGUUGGAGAAUCUUGGUCCAAGUUGUUUAGCAUUCCCACUACUACUGUUGGAGGAAGGCAGCUUGUCAAAUGAGGAGCCUGUCAAAUGAAGCCGAAAAUCAAGGCCAUAUCUUUCGUGAUGGACAAGAAGCCAAGAACGGACAGAAAUGGUCAAGAAGGAAAGUUUUCAACUUCUUGCCAUAAACUCAUUCAAGGAAGGAAAAAGGAAAGGAAAGACAACGGCACAGUGAUUGCCAAAUAAAAGGGCUGAAGAGAAUGAAGAGCCGGUCACUUUUCUGGAGAUCAUUCAUACUGGGGAGCUAAAGUCGUAGCGUGUGUGAGUGAUAAGAAAAGCCAGGGUGAUCCGAUUUCUGGAGAGAAUUUGGGUCGGGGGUUUUGUGUUGAGUGAAACACAGUAGCAGGAUUGCUAGUAAAGAAGCUGAGUGGGGGUUGAUUCAAUCAUCAGUCCUGGACUGGAUUGAGAGAUUUCGGAGCUGUUCAUCAUUGUAAUCACAAAACAAUCAGCAAGCUUAGUGGAGCGUCGGGAAUCACAUCAUCGUGAUCUUCCGACCGUGGAAUAGUCAGAGUUGGGAAUCAAUUGACCCAACUCUGGAAACCACGUAAAAACCGAUUGUGCAUUUCUACUUCUGCUCUGUUUGUGCUGAGUGUGAAUCCUACUCUGUCUAACUUGGAUAGUGUUUGCUAGUAUAAGUUCAUAACUGAAACAGGGGGUUCGGUUCAGAGGAGUACAAGGGAGAAGAAGAAGGCUCUGCCUUGAAACGCACCGGAUUAAACAGAUUAGUCCAACUGAUCUGAACUAUUGGACCUGAGAGACUAAGCGAUUGGGCUUAAAACUUCUGGCCCAGUUACAACUAAUAUUUGUUCAGCAUUUUAAGUGUUCUUUUAUUAGUCAAUUUCAUUUCAUCCGUUUUCUAUAGGAAAUUCGUGGUGUCUUUCACUUGUGUCUGGUCGAAAUCGAGUUAGGGUUUCAGGUUUACAAGAAGAGGAAAUCCUCAGUUGGGAGCAGGCUUCUCGCGCUCGAAGCCGACAACAGGUGGUAUCAGAGCCCGGCUCCGCGCCUAAAGGCUUAACAUCCUUCUGAGAAAUCGAGAGAUGGCUUCAGGAUCAGCGAGCAAUGCUCCUCUCUAUCUUGCAGAUGGUUUUUCACAAAAUAGGCCGCCACGAUUCGAAGGGGUUAACUACGGGUACUGGAAGAAUCGUAUGGAGUUGUUCGUGGGUUCGACUGACCCAAAACUUUGGGCAAGGGUUAUCAAAGGACCUCACGAGCUCAAGGAAGAUCAAGAAAAAUGGAGUGAUGAAGAUUUCGAGAAAUUUCAGCAGAAUUGCAAAGCCACGAAUCUGAUGUACUGUGCUCUUGGUCCAGAAGAGUACCACAAGGUAGCAGGAUGCAAGACUGCGAAAGAAAUCUGGGAUAAGCUUCAAGUAACAUAUGAGGGAACAUCACAGGUUAAAACUUCUCGGAUAAAUUCCUUGAAGCACCAGUUCGAGUUAUUCAAGAUGGAAGAAGGAGAAUCGAUCAGAAUGAUGUACGAGAGAUUCACUAACAUAGUGAACAGCCUUGAGAAUCCGGGAAAGUCAUAUGAAAGUGGGGAUCUCGUAAGGAAGAUUAUGUGGAGCUUGCCAGAAAAAUGGACACCGAAGAUCACAGCAAUAGAAGAAGCAAAAGACUUGGAAAAAUUAUCGGUGGAUGAGCUGAUUGGGUCACUGGUUGCUCAUGAAGACAAACUGAACAAGGCAGGUCAAGAGAAGGAAGUUCUUGACAAGGGAAAAAGAGGAGUUGCAUUCAGAGCUAUCACAUUGUUGGAAGACUCUGAAGAGUUAGAUGAUAUGGAAGACGAAGAACUAGCUUUACUGAGUAAGCAAGUCAGUAGACUGCUCAAAAUUCGAAGGGAAAAGAAGUAUGGCAACUCUGGAAGCAAGGCCAAGGAAUUUGAAAGAAAUGAUAAUGGAGUAAAAGGAAAUCAACUCAGGUCCUUCUCGAGAGGCAGAACUGAUGUAGGUCAGAACAAUAGGAGUGUCAACACAACAGGAUGCUUUAAAUGCGGUCGAACAGGACAUAUUAAGGCUGAGUGCCCACAACUCAAGAAAGAAAGAGCUCUGGCAGCUACCUGGAGCUGUAGUGAAGAUGAGAUGGACGAGGACGACGAAGUUGUUGUCCAAAGAUCGUUCAUGGCAAUUGCUGACCUUGAAGAUGAGCCACUCGAACCAAACAGCAACCUGAGACAGGUAAGUGACACUGAAUCUAUGCAUGAGUCAGAAAACUUGAGUGAAAAUGAACUAUUAAUUGAUACUAUCAGAGACAUCGAAGUAGAAUUUGGAAAUGUCAAGAUGAGAUAUAGUAAAAUGAAAAGAGAAAACUUAGAGUAUCUGACAAGAAUAGCUUAAUUGGAAAAGGAACUAGAAACUAGUAAAAACGAAGCUAGUGAACUCAGAAUUAAAAUAAGUAGGUUGGAAAUCAAGGAUAUUCAUGAUCAGUGUAGAGAAGAAAUUAAUCAGACUACAAUACAUAGAUCUAGGACAUCUACAAUCAGACAGAAUGAAGACUUAAAAAAAAUAGAAUGCUAUUACUGUCAUAAAAAGGGACACAUCAUUAAAGUAUGUAGGAAAAGAUUGUGGUCAGAAGCUAGGAAAGAAGGGUCUGGUUGGUCUAGGAAACACAGGCAUCAUUGGAAUAAUCAAUUGUUUAGUUCAAAUACAUCACACGAACCCAAGAAAAUCUGGGUUCGAAAAACCAAAUGAAGUUUGUGUUUGCAGAGUUGUUUACAAGCGAGCACUGAGGAUACCAGAUGGAUCAUGGAUAGCGGGUGCUCUCAUCACAUGACAGGUAACAGGAAACUGUUCUCUAGUCUCAGUCUGAGAGAUUUUGGUAAAGUAUAUUUUGGAGACAACAACUCUGCUCACAUCGUUGGUAAAGGUCAAGUAGGAACUGAUCCCUGCAUUAAAAAUGUUAUGUUAGUUGAUGGAUUGAAACAUAAUCUCAUGUCUAUAAGUCAAAUGUGUGAAAAGAACUGCAGGGUAGUGUUAGAACCUAACUGCUGCUAUGUGGAGAACAUACUGAACAAUCAAGUAGUGUUUACUGGUCAAAGAAAUGGGAAAAUAUACACUAUUGAUCUGAAUGAUAAGGACAGUUUCAAUGAGACUUGUUUGAUCAGUCUAGAUAAGAGUGAUCAGGAAGAAUGGCAUCGAAAACUGGGGCAUGUUAAUGUCAGUGUCCUGUCUAAACUGGUUCGAUUAAAUCUAGUUAGAGGACUUCCAAAAAUAAAUGAGAAAAAGGACUUCUUUUGUGAUGCGUGUGCUAGGGGUAAGCAGACCAGGUCUAGUUUCAAAUCUAAAUAAGGCAUAUCCACUUCUAGGCCUCUAGAACUACUGCAUUUAGACUUGUUUGGUCCUACUAACGUAGUUAGUUAUGGUGGUAAAUCAUAUGCCUUUGUUGUGGUUGAUGAUUACUCUAGGUUUACCUGGGUAUUAUUUCUUAGUAGAAAGGAUGAAGCUUUUGAAAACUUUAAAGUGCUGGUUAAAAGAAUUGAGAAUGAAAAAUUGGUCAAGGUCUGCAGCAUCAGAAGUGACCACGGAGGAGAAUUUAGCUCUGAAUCUUUUGAACAGUAUUGCAAUGACCUAGGUAUUUCUCAUAAUUUUUCUGCUCCGAGGACACCACAACAGAAUGGUGUUGUGGAGAGGAAAAACAGAACUCUCAUAGACAUUGCUCGAACUAUGUUGAAUGACUAUGGUAUUCCAAAGUACUUUUGGGCAGAGGCUAUUAACACAGCCUGUUACACUGUCAAUCGAGCCUUAAUUAGAUCAGGUGUAAACAAAACCCCUUAUGAAAUCUGGAAGGGAAGAAAACCUAACCUAGGUUACUUUCAUGCUUUUGGGUGUAAGUGUUUUGUAUUGAACACCAAAGACCACCUAGGAAAGUUUGAUUCAAAAUCUGAUGAAUCAGUGUUCCUAGGCUACUCAAACACCAGCAAGGCUUAUCGUGUGUUUAAUAAACGGACCCUCAAGGUUGAGGAGUCCGUCAAUGUCAUUUUUGAUGAAUCUGUUGCUGUGAGAACAGAUAAUUUUGAUGAUGACGACUUUGGACUUGGAAGGCAGCAACUUGUCACCAAAGAAGAUGUUGGGAUACCUGGUCAACAACCUGAGGAAGAAACUGUUAAAGGGAAAGACGGUCAGACUCAGCCAGAAGAAGGAAUCAAUGUAGUUGAUACUGAAGCACACCCUCCAGCCUACAUUGUGAAACGACAUCCUCCUGAGCAAAUAAUAGGAAGCAUAACUCAAGGUAUGAUUACUCGAUCAAAGACAUCUCCUUCUACUGUUGCUUAUGUGUCUUUAGUAGAACCUAAAAAUGUGCAUGAAGCUCUGCAAGAUGAAUUCUGGACUGCCUCUAUGUUUGAUGAAAUGCAUCAGUUUGAACGUGCCAAUGUGUGGGAACUUGUUCCAAAACCUGAAAAUAGAGUAAUAAUAGGUACAAAGUGGAUUUAUAAAAACAAAUCUGAUGAGGUAGGUACUGUGAUUAGGAAUAAAUCCAGAUUAGUUGCUCAAGGGUAUUGCCAGGAAGAAGGGAUAGACUAUGAGGAAACUUUUGCUCCUGUAGCCCGUUUAGAAGCCAUUAGGUUGCUUUGUGCUUAUGCUAGUUCAAAGGGGUUUAAAUUAUACCAGAUGGAUGUUAAGAGUGCUUUUCUGAAUGGGGAUUUAAAAGAAGAAGUUUUUGUGGCCCAACCUCCAGGAUUCGAAGACCAUAGAUAUCCUAAUCAUGUCUAUAAACUAAAAAAGGCUAUGUAUGGUUUGAAACAAGCCCCAAGGGCUUGGUAUGAUAAACUUAGCUCUUUUUUGCUUGAAAAUGGUUUUAGGAGAGGUCAGGUGGACAAAACCCUGUUUGUGAAGCAUCUAAACAAUCAUAUUCUUCUGGUUCAGGUGUAUGUUGACGAUAUCAUUUUUGGGGCCACUUGUGAAAGUUUGUGCAGAGAGUUUGAGUCAAAAAUGAAAAAUGGUUUUGAAA